UAUAAUCCUCCGGCCAUUAAAGAAUCAAAACCAUUAAUACUAAUGUCCCGGCGGCAAGAGAAGAGACGCAAGUUCAAUGAGGCCGUCAUCAACAUGCUAUAUCCUCCGCCUCCUCCACAAGCAAGAGCCGCGGACUUGGCGGUGAACAAUUUCGAUCAAGAUUUUGAUUCGGAUCUCGUUUCAGAUAGUUUUGAGGAGAGCAGUUCUUCAACCUCGGGCGACGACGGUGAAAGCGAGUCUCGGAAGCUUACGAGGGCUCAGCGGAAGAGACUUCGGAGGAAGAAGCUCAAGACGGACGCUUCUCGUCGUGGGAAGAUUAUUGGGCCACUUUUACCAGCUCCUGCAGAUGACGAUGGUAAUCUUGCACUUGAAAAUGGAUCUCCAACUGUUCGACGUAAUGCCGCUGAGAAACCUCCUUCUAUAAUUGACCAUCCCGAAAUUCUAUCAGAUGAACCUGUGUUAAGCUCCGGAGAGCCACCUACUUGUGCUAAAAAUCAGAGCAAAGUAAAGAUACGGAGGUUAGUGAAGAAGCUGGCAAGGAAAAAUUCGUUAGCGCCAAGAGAAGAAAACUUCGACCAAGAUCAAAGCGUGAAAUCCAUUGAUGAAAAGGAUGGUGCAAAAGAUUGUAAACAUGGACACGCCUAAUUAGAAUGGUUCUAUGAACUGCAAUGGUCUCAAAAAGGGUGGUGGACAUACAGUUCCCAAAUACCGGCCCAAGGAGUGCUUUGCAAUGUUCAAAAGAUAAAUCUCUCAAGAACUACUUUGACACCAACUCUGAAAUAAGCAACUAUUGUAUGGAAUUUAUUCCUAAACUAUUUAUUGGCA